AUACUAUAAGUUAAUCGUCCCUUCGCAGAGUCAUGAUAGUAAAAAGGAACUUAUAGUUGCAUGCAUUUUCACAAUAAACAUAAUGAAAAUGAUGCUGAAAAAAUAAUAAUGAAGAAAAUUAGGCUUUUCUGAAAUCAAACGUUUAUUUUUCGAACUACUGAUAAUGAAUCUGUGAAAAUUUAAUUAAAAUUAGUAGUUAUGUUAGAAAUAUACGUAAAUAUUAUUAUAGCGUAAUUUUACAAAAAUAAUAAUUAAAACGUAAUAAAAACAACAGAUUAAAUUUUUUAGUAGUUUAGGUAUUCAUGGAGUAAAUCUAUACAGAAAUUAACUGUACUUUUGUGUGUUAAUUGUUUAUACUUAGUAAAUAUAUUAAUAACAAAUUUCUAAUUUUUCGUAAACUUAACCUUUUGUUUCGAAAAUCAUUCCAGUCAUAAAUCUAAAAUCAUCUGAUAUAAAUUUUUUUUUAAAUAAUAAUUUUUUGUUUUUUAGCAAUAUCUUGUGUGUAGUUAGAAAAUAUUAAAGCAUAUUUAACAAAUAAUUAAUCAAGAAGUGACUCCACAGAUUCAUUGGACCAUUGAUCAACCCUUAUACGAUGGGCGAGAAGCAUAGAAUUGUUUACGAAAACAAAGAACUGUGCGACAUUUUAUAAAACAUGUGAAACACAUUUGUGAUAGCGAUUUAAUUUCUUACAGAUUAAUCCGCAGUCUUCUAUCGAUGAGUCCACCAUCCACCAUUAUAUCAGAAUGCGAUCCGAUCAAGUAAUACGAAUUUUGCAACUCCGCAACAAUCAACAGAGCGCCAUAAGAUAAUCACUGAUGUUUGCACGACUUUCCUUGAGAUUACCACUACCAUAACGGAAUACCAUAAGAUAUUCCGUUAUAAUAGUGGUAAUCUCAAGGAAAGUCGUGCAGAUAAAUGCAACUGGCUAUAGUCAAAUAAAAGAGCAUGCUUUUUGUUUAAAUUUGCUGUUUAUUAUCGCGACAUUCAGUUCUGUAAACUCCUUUAAUUUUCCGAAAACAAUAGAUAAAGUCUUUCUGCAUUAAUACUGACAGAUCUAUGACAAUAUUGCUUUCGAGUCUUUCGGACAAUGAUUACAGGACAAAUUUAAAUAAUCGCACAAAUUCAAAGGGAACGUCACUGCUACUAAACGUGUACGGUAUACGAGUAUUAAUGUAUCUCGAGAAAAGAGGAAUGUAGUGAGUAAAUAAUAAACUGUCGAUGAUCGAUAAUGACCGAGUCACUUUCAGUCACUAUCAAGAAGAGUCACGUGUAUUUCUCUAAGGAGAAAAGAACGUUGUGUACAGAGUCGUGACGCGGAGUGGUAAAAGUAGAGAGAACCACACACAACUACUACAAAAGAAACAAUAUCAAAAGUAUGGACUUUCGAAGACUGAAUCGUCUGAACAUACGAAUGAAUAUUUUGUCGGGCAACCUAUUGCCGAUGACACCCAACAAGACGGAAUUUUGCGUUUACUGGAAAAUAUACAGCUACUCGAUAUGGGUGAUGGAAUUAAUACGUGCAGGUGCUUUAAUUCCCGGAGUGAUUCUGUACACAUCGACGGCAAAGGGUCUGAUAGGUUUUUUAGUCGCCAUAUUCAUCGCUAUGGAAGUAAUUUUCUUGGUAUCGCGAAUUCAUUCACAUGACGUGUUGAUGCGACAGCUUAUACAGAAGUUAAAUGAUAUUCUACGUAACCAGGACGAAACUAUGAAGAAUGUUGUGAUGGCAACUUUAUUACCGAUGAAAACCCCGUUAAAUUUCUAUUGGAGCACCGGCCUAUUGGGCACGCUCCUAUUGGGCACGCUGGUAUGGUACAGUUUGCCACUUACACGAAUAUUUAAGAAGAGUACUUUCUACUAUAAAGAUUUUGGACUGCCGAUUGUUAUUUCUAAGCAACCAUUUUCGACCGAAAUCUUUGUGCUAGGAAAUCUGCUCGUAUUAUUUGGUGGCUUAUACAUGUUUUCAAAGAAAGUCGCCGUGAAUAUCUACAUGAUACAUUUAGUAUUGUUGAUAACGGCGCAGUAUCGAUAUGUCGCGGUGAAGCUCGAGCAAUUAUUUCAACAAAAAAAUUUAGAUAAUGAAAGCGACUCUCAAACAGAAUCUCAUCCCAAGAGAACAAAUUCAUGGGCCGAACGAGAAAUAAAAGCGAUGUGUCGACAUUAUAACACCGUCAUCCACUUAUCAUUUAUGUUAAAGAAAUUACUGGCCCUAAAUUUUAGCGUAAUUUAUAUGAACACCAUUUUUCGACUCUGUUUUCUUGGUAUCAUAAUGAGUACAGCCUUUCGGAUGUCUUUCAUCCAAGGUUUUGUAGCCUCUAUGACUGCUUGUGCUGAUACAGUACAAUUUUAUACUCUAUGUUCCUCUGUACAGCAAUUAUUAGAUGCAAGUUCAAAAGUAACGGAUCUGGCAUUUCACAAGAAUUGGUAUCAAUUUGGAAUUUCGAUAAAACGGACAUUUUUGUUAUUAAUACUAGGUAAUACUCUAGAGUGCAAAUUAGCAGCAUAUGACAAGUAUAACCUUUCGCUGUCAUCGUUUAUGACUGUUAUGAAUCAAGCAUAUACAGUAGCUCUUUUAUUUUUAAGAAUGAAAUAAAAGAAUAUGAUGGAAGAUAUACUGCAAUUUCAAAUAAGACUAAAUCUUUUAUUUUACAUAAUAGAAGUGAUUAUCAUUAACAACUCGUAAAUAAUUUUUUAUAUCAUUAAAGUUUAAUUUUUAUUUUAAAAAAGAGCGUAUCAAAAAAUAAUAAUUUACCUAAUUAUAGUAAUUAUACAUAAAUAUUAUUAAACAAUUUGAUAACUGUCACUGAAAUAGCACCAUUUAAAAAUAAAAAUCUUGAUUAAUGUGACGAUUAUUUAAAAUUUGUUAUUGUGCAUAUUAAUUGUUGCAUAUACGAGAGUUGCCCGAAAAGUAAUGCCCCACAUUUUUUUUCUCGAAAACUAUUUGUUCUACAAAAAUGAUGUUUACACGUGUAAAAGAAUGAUAUUUUACCUACUCACUCUAUUUUUCUACAUAAUCUCCUUCAAGUUCUACUGCUUUCUUUCAGCGAUUCGCUAUGCCUUGUCGGUACCAGUCCUCGCUUUGGUUACGGAGCCAGGUUUUCACUGCGCUAAUCAUCUCUUUGUCGUCUUCAAAAUGUUUUCCGGCCACUAGAGGAUAGCAUUCGUGGAAAACAUUUUGAAGACAACAA